ACGCUACUCUCUCCCAGUCGGAAAAUAAAAGGAAAAAAUCUGACUCCAGCGCGGAGAUUUGGAGCAUCUACCUGUAGGUAGAGAAGUUAUUUGGAAAGACUUGUGGUGAAGCCGUGUAGUCACAAUGAAAGACCGUACACAUGAACUUAAGGCUGGCAAGGAGGCUGAGGAGGAGGACGAUGUGGCCGUCGCCAUGGACAAGGACAGAUUCAUGGACGAUUUCUUUGUGCAGGUGGAGGAGAUCCGAGGCUUCAUCGAGGAGCUGUCAGAGAAGGUGGAGGAGGUGAAGAGGAACCACAGCGCCAUCCUGGCCGCCCCCAACCCUGAUGAGAAAACCAAGGCCGAACUGGAGCAGCUAAUGACAGACAUCAAGAAGUUUGCCAACAAAGUGCGCUCCAAGUUAAAGAGUAUUGAACAGUCAAUUGAACAUGAGGAAGGGUUGAAUAGGUCAUCUGCAGACUUGAGGAUACGGAAGACGCAGCAUUCCACAUUGUCUCGCAAGUUUGUGGAGGUGAUGUCAGAGUACAACGCCACGCAGUCCGACUACCGGGAGCGCUGCAAGGGCCGCAUUCAGAGACAACUGGAGAUCACUGGCAGAAACACGACCAAUGAGGAGUUGGAGAGCAUGCUGGAGAGCGACAACCCUGCCAUCUUCACAUCGGGGAUCAUCAUGGAUUCCAACAUCACCCAGCAGGCCAUGAAUGAGAUUGAGACGAGACACACGGAGAUCAUUAAGCUGGAGAAAGGCAUCAGGGAGCUCCACGACAUGUUCAUGGACAUGGCCAUGCUGGUGGAGAGCCAGGGAGAGAUGAUAGACCGUAUAGAGUACAACGUGGAGCACUCCGUGGACUACGUGGAGCGGGCCGUGUCUGACACGAAGAAAGCGGUGAAGUACCAGAGUAAAGCCAGGAGGAAGAAAAUUAUGAUCAUCAUUUGUUGUGUGGUGCUUUGUAUUAUUAUUGCCGCUAGUGUUGGUGGUAGUUUAGCGUAGAACACACAGUUACACACUCACACACACACACACAGUUACAUUAUGUGGACACAAUUGCCAUUGCAAACAAUUACACACACAAACGCACAAAUCCAAAUACACGCUUACAAUGACAGUCACCUAAUUAAACACACACACAAUAAUGCACGAUUCCACACACAAACACACCACAGUGUAUGGGUGUGUACUUAUGCAUGAGCAUCUUUUGUAAAUACGUGGUUUCAAAUGUGUUAUUGUAAGUUGGAUGUAGAAUACUUUAAAAUGAUGUUUUAUGAUGUAUUUGUGGUUUGAUUGUAACAGGAAUGGGGACAUUAGUGAUUUUGACAACGGUACUGUAACUCUCACAUUCCAAUUGAAAAUUGUGCUUAAUUUCUUUCUUUUUUGUAUGUCCAAUUAAAUGGCCUCUUUUGACUUUUGACGAAUGAGGUUGACCUUUCCCUUUACCCCGAAAAUACCCCAAAGGUCAAUAAUUGAAAUCAGAUGAACGUUAGCAAAAUGCAGUAUGUGCGUUGUUAUGUGUGUGUGUGUGGCAGUUGACAUGUCUCCACAUGCCUAUCCAGGUACAGCUCUUAUACAGUAUUACAUGUCGUACUCCGUAACUACUGGUGUGGAGAAACCUGUCCAGACACCUGCCAUUCCAGCUCCACUCACCACCUCUAUCCUCAAAGCUCUCAUUUCCGGCUUUACAAGACGAGCAGCUCUCUGGCAGCUCCUAUGCUAGUCUGGCUGGUCUGUAGCGCUUGUUCCCUCCCUCAGCCGAGGAGAAAUGUUCCUGCUGUCUCAUGUGCUCAGCUGCUCUCUAUGUCUUUAUAUAGCUCUGCCACUGCACUCCUCCGGGAGGUGGGGCCACACUGCUGGGAGGAAACACUGGAAAAGAUGCAGCCGGUUGCUCUUGCCGAUUGCAGACUGGGAGCUAGUUACAGUGUAUGUAGCGUUUCACACUAGGUGUGACGGUUGCUUCCUGUUUUUCCGAGAGGUUAGUACACCAUUUAUCCCUCGUGUGUCACCCAGCCCUCAGUGGAAACGUUCCAAAUCAAAGUUUUUUGAGUUGCAGAAUAUCCCAGACGGCCAGACCAUCAAAUAGAUACUUGCCCGUAUAGUUACAAGAUACGAAUAAAUGACAGGUCAAACACGGGGUGUAAGUCUGAGGUCACUACUAAUACUAGAUCAUUUAAUGGAAGCUGCAAGCCUGGAGAACAAGAAGAUUGCCUGCAUUUAAAUGUGAGAAGAGAUAACAGGCGUCCUGCGCCGAAUAAUGAUCGUCUGAAAACCGUUUGUCCUUCUCCGCUCAGAAAAUGUGCAAUUAACUGCAAUUUUAAUUGGACAAGGAAGCAGAGCGUGUGUCAACUCUGCCUUCGCUGGGGAAAAGGUUGUCAUCAGGGCCUGUUGCGUCCAUAUUAGCAGCUGUAAAGUGGCCUGAUAACGUACAUGGUAGCUAGCUGUCAUGUAUGCUCUUGAGAGGAAAGAACACCACGCUAUCGUAGCUCACAUUUACCAUGUUUGAUCCCAGUCUUUGCAAUUGGUCAUAAUUGCUGCCGCUUAAUGCUAUAAUGCAGUUACCUAUGCUGUAAUCACUUUCUUGUUACUGUUGACGUUAUAAUAGCACAUAGAAGCUAUAUUAGCCAGCAAUAAUCUGUUUAUUUCUCUUUUAGUCUAUGCGCCUUAUAUGGUGGUGUUACUCGUGGCAGAUCACGGAAUGUUCCAUAUUUCUAGCAACGGGGGGCAUCUCACAACUGGGGAGAUGUGAGAGAAACUGGGUCAACAAAUGACACGAAAGACUCAGGAGGACAACAGUGCAAACCCACUGUGCCAUCCUAUGGGGGACCGCAGCCCACUUUACUGCACCAUUAACAGAAUAUUGAUGUAUUCAAUAUCAUUAUUACUCAGUGAGGGACAGUUCUUUGUUGCUUUCUAGUUGAACUUGGAAGUAGUUUACUGUGGAAAUAUCAUGCUUCCUUGUCAG